GGGAAACACAAAAGGACUACUACGGGUGCCGGAAAAGAGUAGGAAAGGCUUUCAGAAGAACGUCUAGAAGAAAGCGCAAGCCACCCUGCAGAAUUCAAUCCCCAGAAAGGUCCCAGUCAGCCUUGCCACCGCCUCACAGUACCUUCAGCUUAUGGAGCUCCACUGUCUCUGCCGCCAUCUUGGUGCCCCUCCACUCAACUAGGCCCCUACCCGCUGCCUCCGCCUCGGAGCUCCCGCCUAGGAUGAACGUGGGGGUGGCGCACAGCGAAGUGAAUCCCAACACGCGAGUGAUGAACAGCCGGGGCAUCUGGUUGGCCUAUGUCAUCUUGGUAGGACUGCUGCAUGUGACUCUCCUCAGUAUCCCCUUCUUCAGCAUUCCUGUCGUCUGGACCCUGACCAACGUCAUCCAUAACUUGGCAAUGUACAUUUUCCUACAUACAGUGAAGGGAACACCCUUUGAGACCCCUGACCAAGGCAAGGCUCGGCUACUGACACACUGGGAACAGAUGGACUACGGACUCCAAUUUACUUCUUCUCGCAAGUUCCUCAGCAUCUUUCCUAUCAUACUUUACCUCCUGGCCAGCUUCUAUACCAAGUAUGAUGCUGCUCACUUCCUCAUCAACACAACGUCACUGCUUAGUGUUCUGCUGCCUAAGUUGCCACAAUUCCAUGGAGUUCGUCUCUUUGGCAUCAACAAAUACUGAAGAAUGGGACUGGGUACAGCUCCCCAGGCACAGGGAAGGCCUUGGACGAAGGACUGUCAACAUCCUUCCAAUUUUCUAUGUACUGUUUUCUGUCAUUGGAAAGCCUUUGAACUACACAGUCUUUCCCAAACUGACAUUUCCUGGGAAGAGGGAAAAUGGGGCUCCAGGGCUUGGCCCUGAUAAAGGUACAUUUCUCUGGAUUAGGAAAGGUGGGCGAGGAUGACGCUAAGGGCCAAAUAUGUCUUCUCUACAGGAGGAUGCAGUGUUUGGACAGCUUUUCAGGUGAUAACAUUUUUUCCUAUCUUCCACCCUUGCUACCUUCCAGCCCUGUUUUGCUGUAUAUUUUCUUUACAAUAAAGGUACUUUUUCAGCUA